GACAACUGGCGGUAAAAAGAGCAACAACAACCACUUGUAGUCAAUCAGAAACAUUAAUUUUCCAAGAAAGUGAAAUAUUUCCUGGCAUGGUAACGUGGUUUGAACGAUGCAUAAAUGGAAGGCCAAAAUUAGAAGCCUUAGAGCUCUAGGCACCAACACGACAACGCAAGAUGAAUUGACUGCAGUAGGCCUAAGUGGUGUUGUUCUCCGGGAUUACCAAAUUGCUGGCGUAAAUUGGUUGCUGUCUUGUUUAGGUACAAGUGGCCAACAUGGGUGUAUCUUGGGAGAUGAAAUGGGGCUUGGGAAAACAGUACAGACACUUUCCUUUGUACUCUACUCGGUCCAAGCUGGUAAAAUGAAUCAUCCUUGCUUGAUAAUUGCCCCCCUUUCUGUGCUUCAAAACUGGAAAUCUGAAUUUGAGAGAUGGGCACCAUCAGUAAAGUUAAACAUUUAUACUGGAGAUAAGGAAGCAAGGGAAAAGAAAAGGAAUUCUAUUCAAGAUGCUCUAAAUGACAAGCCAUCAACAUGGAAAAACAAAAAGAUACCAUUUGAUGUUCUGAUCACUUCGUAUGAGCUCUGUUUGAAAGAUUCCAGCUUUUUGCAAAGGUUUAAAUGGAGCCUACUUGUUGUUGAUGAGGGCCAUAGAUUGAAAAACCACAAGUCAUUGUUAUAUCAAGAGCUAUUACAGUUCGACAUUAACUUCAAGCUGCUUCUAACUGGCACACCUGUUCAAAAUAAUCUGCGUGAGAUCUACUCGCUGCUGUCUUUCUUGAACCCGGAUGUAUUUCAUAUUGAAGACAGUGAAGAGUUUGUGAAAUAUUUCAGCGUCAUUGUUUCAGAGAAAACAGAUGACAUUAACGAAGAACUUCAUGCUCUACUCAAGCCAUUUCUUCUAAGAAGAGUUAAAAACGAGGUGAUGAAAGAGCUUCCAAAGAAAUCUGAAGUGAUUCUUUACAGUGGGAUUUCGUCAAUCCAAAAGAAAUUGUACAAGGCAAUAUUGACUAAAGACUAUGCUGCAUUUCGAUCAGAUGGCCCUAAGAAAACAAGUCUAAUGAACGUUCUUCUUCAACUUCGGAAAUGUUGCAGUCAUCCAUAUAUAUUUCCAGGUGUUGAGCCAGAACCAUUCGAGAUUGGCGAUCACCUCAUCGAAGCUAGUGGAAAAUUGAAGUUGCUAGACAAAUUGCUGGCUUUCCUCCACACCAGCGGUCAUCGAGUUUUGGUAUUUUCCCAGUUUACCAUGAUGCUUGACAUUGUUCAGGAUUAUUUAACAUAUAAAGGGUACACCUAUGAAAGGUUGGAUGGUUCAGUUAGAGGAGAGGAGCGCUAUCUUGCAAUCAACAACUUCAACGAAUCGGAUGAAACAUUUUUAUUUCUGUUAAGCACCAAAGCAGGUGGACAAGGGCUCAAUCUAAUGACAGCUGACACCGUUAUAUUUUUGGAUAAUGACUUCAAUCCCCAAAACGAUUUGCAAGCUGCCGCCAGGGCUCACCGUAUUGGUCAAACAAGACCAGUGAAGGUCAUCCGUCUAGUCUCCAAAAAUACAGUUGAAGAAAUAAUUCUGAAGAGGGCAACAGAGAAAUUGAAACUCACCGACGUAGUUAUAGAAGGAGGCCAGUUUUCGAAUCUUCAAAAUCUAAGUGACACACAAACCAAGCUCGCAGAUAUCCUGAAGUUCGGAUUGGAAAAUCUUAUGAACGACAACGAAAGCUCAAAUCUUGAUGAAGAUUUUAACAGCAUUCUUGGUGGCACGGUCAAUGGUGAAUGGCUACUGGAAGAGGUAAUGGAGCCGGAAGAUGCCAUAACUGAGGAAGAGGGCCAAGAAAAUAUGUAUAUGUUUGAGGGCCGUGAUUACUCUAAGGAAACCAGCGAAAAGGACAAGACAGCUUUUGAUAAUAUGAUCACUAGUGUAAUGGAAGAGGCUGAAAUUGGAGAAAGAUCAACGAGAAGAGAUAAGACUAUUCCUGAUAUUAGUGUCCUUCCACUUCCUAAAAGAAAAAGAAAAGAACUAACUGAUGAUGAAAAGGAAGAAAGAAGGCAGAAGAGAAUCGAAACCGCAGCAAAAAGAGCCAAAAAAGCAGAGGACGACGAAGUUCGCCGAGCAUUAGAAAAGAAGAAGAAAAGGGAGAAAUUCUGGCAAGAUAACAACUAUACAUCGAGCAACAUAGCUAUUGAUGAAGUGUCGAGUGAUGAAUCCGAAGCUGAUACAGAUAAUGACGCAGAAGAUGAGGAUUCCUAUAAUCAAAUCCAGUAUGUUGUUGGUGAUGUCACUCAGCCUUUGAACUCUGAUGGCAAAAACGCCAUUAUAAUUCACUGUGUUGAUGAUUCUGGACGUUGGGGAUCAGGUGGGCUUUUCACUGCAUUAUCAAAACGAUCAAGCAACCCCAAAGAUCAGUAUGAGCUUUCAGGGAAAAUGAAAGAUCUAACCCUUGGAGAUGCACACCUGAUUUCAAUCGAUGAUCAGCUAUGCAGAGAUAGUGGACGUGACUGGGUUGCACUGAUUGUUUCACAGACGCGAGAUCGGAACAACCAGCUUUCACCCAUUAAGAUGAGUGCCUUGACGAUGGGACUGGAGCGGGUUCAGAAAGAAGCUUUAAGAACGAAAGCUACUCUCCACCUCCCUCGUAUCGGCUAUAACACACCAAAUUUCAACUGGUAUGGAACAGAGAGGCUGCUAAAGAAACUUUUCACUUCAAGAGGAAUUUCGACCUCUGUAUAUUACUUUCCACGAAAGAAUCGAUCCAGCUUACCCAUUGCAACGGCAACAACUGAGCCAUCUACAACAUCUACAGUGUCUAAAGAUGCCAGCAGUUCAGCUCUUCUUGACAUUUUCACUGGAAAAUCGUUUUAUUUCCACGAACUACCAGAAAAGGAAGUCUCGAGAAUGUCCAGAUACAUCAUUGCAUAUGAUGGAAAUAUUGAUGGCUUUAUUACGGAGGAAACAACUUUUGUUGUUGUAUCAGAACCUGAAGAUUUGGAAAGCUGCACGAUGGUAUCUUCAGCGACAAAGAUCGUCACCCUGGAGUGGCUAGAGAGGUGCAUUUCUGAAGGGAGGCUAAUCGAUAGUUAAAAUUGGCUUAUUGUGCGGCUUUAGUUGCUCUGUGAUGAAAGUUUUAUUUUGCUGGUGUAAGGUGAAUGAUGAACCCUUCUGAAUUGAAUGCUUUGGUUUCAUCAUAUGCGGAUUGGAAUCGAUCAGUUUGAGAGACAUUCCCGGUGACAGACUAAUUACUACCAAAUUCUUUGCAAAGUUACCAAUAUUAUCUAAUAUAUGAUGCCAUUUGAGCCAGAAAAUGCGAAUGCUCCUCCAAGACAUUUCUUGAAAUAUUCACACCUGUUGAACUCAAGGCGAAAAAUAGGCAUAGUAAGCUACUCUUAUUGAUUCUCCAAACAGACAUGGAUGUGGUGGAAAAAAGUGACAAGAAUUUUAGAAUUUCGUAGCUUCGUUCUUGCAGCGUAUGUAUGAAUUUAUGGUCAAUGAAGCAAAAUUUAAACAAUAUUACAAUUUGAUUUAGAGUUACAGUACUUCUUAUCCACGCAAACAUUUCGACUUUUGUAGAUUCGAUGAAAUCAACAAAUAAUUUCAUGGCUACACGUCUGUACUUUGUGAUGAUAUUUUUAUGAAAUUAAGGCUUCCUAGUUUCCAUUUAUUACUUUAAAGUGCUACGCCUUUUCUCUGAGAGUGUUGUU